AUGUUUGCUGUACCAGGGUGGUCCCUUGAGACCUCUGCUCUGAAGUCUCAGACUCAGACUCCGCAGCCCAAUGAGGCUCCAGCAAAGGAUGCAUCCACUCCGGAUGCGAAGAACAAUAAGCGCAAGCGUGCGAAUGACCGUGUCACCGCAGGCAACGUGGAUGAGAUGUAUCGCAGACACAUUGAGGGAAAUACCAAAGCCCCCAAAGGAGCAAAUGCUGGCCCAGAUUCUUCUGUGAAGACAGAGAAGAAGCAGAAGAAGGAAAAGAAGGGAAAGCAAGAGAAGCAAGAGAAGGAACCCGAACAGGCCACCCAGGAGACCACAACUGAAGCUCCCGCCCCAGAAGCCGAUGCGGAGGAGGCCGAAGACAAGGCACCCAAGAAGAAGCAAAAGAAGAACAAGAAGAACAAGGACAAGACCGAUGCCUCAGCGGAUAAGACCGUGACCGACAGCACAGCCGCUGCCCCGAAAGAAGCUGCCCCAGCUCCCGCUGUCCCUGCGCUCCCACCUACUGCAAAUCUGACGCCUCUCCAGCAGGCGAUGCGACAGAAGCUCGUGUCCUCCCGGUUCCGCCACCUGAACGAGACCCUUUACACCACACCGUCCGAGAAGGCCGUGGAAUUGUUCAACGCCAACCCCGAGCUGUUCGACGAAUACCACGCUGGAUUCGCACGCCAAGUGAAAGAGUCAUGGCCAUCCAACCCAGUCGACGGCUACAUCAAGGCCAUCAGGACCCGCGGCGCCAUCCCGCUCCCCAAGCGCGGAAAGCCCAACAACCCUGCCAAGGGCUACCCGUUGCCCCGCCGCCCCAAUGGACUUUGCACCUUCGCCGAUUUGGGCUGUGGUGAUGGUCAAAUCGCGCGCUCACUCAAUCCCUCUACCAAGAAGCUCAACAUCAAGCUCAACAGCUACGAUCUGCAAGCACCCGAUGCGCUGAUCACAAAAGCCGAUAUCUCGAAUCUUCCCCUGGAAGACGGCUCGGUGGAUGUUGCCAUCUUCUGUCUGAGUUUGAUGGGAACCAACUGGGUUUCUUUCGUCGAGGAAGCGUGGCGCGUUUUGCGUGGUGACGGCAAGGGCGAGUGCUGGGUCAGUGAGGUCAAGAGUCGAUUUGGCAAGGUUACCCGCAAGAAGUCCCAAAUUGGCGCUCAAAGACCCGGUAGCAAGGCCGACAAGAAGAAGCCCAAGAAGAAGGGUGGCAAGGACGAUGAUUCGGAUGUGGAUGACACAGACAUUUUCGCGGAGGACUCUCGGCCGUCUGACAACAAGGACGAGACUGAUAUCUCGGCAUUUGUGGAGGUCUUCCGGUCUCGUGGAUUCAUGCUCCGCCAAGAGACCGUGGAUAAGUCCAAUAAGAUGUUCGUGAGAAUGGAGUUUGUGAAGCAGGGUGGCCCUCCCACCAAGGGCAAGCAUGCUUCUGCCCUCAGUGCACCGGCUCCUGGCAACAAGAAACGCUUCGUUGACCGUAAGCCCGAGUCUGAUGCUGGCAUGUCGGCCGAGCAGGAAGCCCAAGUCCUCAAGCCAUGUGUUUACAAGAUCCGCUGA